GUCUCGAUGAUUUGAACUCCGCUCCAUCUACGAAACAGUGCGACUAUGUUGAAAACGGGUAUUCCAUUCCGGGAGAAGAAUCACUUUUUGAAGUGGACCUGAAUUGGUUGUUGGACGUUUCCUUGAUGGAUGCGCCCACGACUACGCUGCAAUUGACGACUCAAGUCCAAGAACUUUUUCAAUCCAAAGUAUUGCCCACUGUGGUGGGAUGUGACUCCAACGGUCGCGUAUUACAAGGUCAAUAUUUGGUAGUCAAUGGUUAUGUGUGGAGUGUCCGUGAGAUUGGCAAUUGCGAAUUGGGAGCCCCCAUGCCUUGUUCGAGACUCUUGGUGAGUUUUGUCUUGUGGACCAAAGAACGACGAGAUGCUCGAGCCAUGAAUACCUUUUGUGUGGCCAAUUUUGGAUUUGACGGUCUGGUAAAUCCCAUGGAGACUGGGGAUGACAUUCGGCAGGUGGAUCUAGUGAGUACGGUACUAUAA